GUCACGACUGUGGAGUUUCACAGAAUGAGUCAGUGAGACAGAUUUCUGACAACGAACUGGACCCGAUUUAGUCUUCAUCGGUGUACCGUUAAAACCGUCUGCCGGUGGAAAUGAUCCAGUUAAUCUGAGUGUGUGUGAUGGCAGAGCUCCCGUCAGGACUGCUGGAGGCAUGUGUAGUGGUUGGAGCCCACAGUGAUAAGCUUCGAGGCAUAUACCAGCAGAGUAAGUUAACCGAACUCCCCUUGCUGGAAGCUGAAGUACUGCAGGUCCAUGCGCCGCCAUUUGUUUCCAAGGAGACCAAUUCCAGCCAGGUGAUUGGUCCAGCGUUCAGCCGUGUGCAAAGGAGGAAAAGUUUCAUCAAGAAGAAGAGGCGAGAUCGCGGUGCAGAGACUUCACCUAAUGGUGAAACAGUCAAUCAUGCUGAGGUGUCCUCAGCGACAGAGGACAUCAGCGUUCCAAAGGAUCUGGACCUCAUUGCCUUACCACAGCUCUGUUUCCCUGGUGGUCUUCAGCUAGCCAAUGAGCUGAAAGAAGACAGUUAUCACUUCCUGGUUUUUACUGACCUGUUUGGGAACCGGACCCAUGGAGUUGUUUUGCAGUACUACAGAGCUGUGCAGUCCUGUCAGGAAGGCGUUGUCCAGAACGGCCAUAGGUGGAAUCCAUCCAAGUCCCGUCUUUAUGCACCCUAUGCUGUGUGUGUCAUCUCGAAGUUCCCCUACUACAAUGCCUUGAGAGACUGCUUGUCAUGUCUCCUUGUCCAGUUGCGACCUGCAAGACAAGCCGACUUCGAGGAAACAAUCAAGGAAUUUUCAGCCAAGUUGUCUCUCGUCCCUUUACCACCUCCUGGACAGCUACAUGUGUCCUUCAGCCUCCGUCCUCUCCAGGUGGUUCUUCCAUCCAGGGAGGAUCAGGACAGCCCCAUUAUCGACAUCGACCUGCAUCUACCUUUCCUUUGUUUCUCACACACAACACUGCUCCAGGUAUUGUCCUGCCUCCUCCAAGAACAGAGGAUAGUCUUUUUCUCUGCUGACUGGGCCAGACUCACUCUGGUUGCAGAGAGUCUUUUGCUGUACCUGCAGCCUCUGUCCUGGCAGCAGCCUUAUGUUCCUGUGCUGGCUAGAGGAAUGCUUGACUUCCUCAUGGCUCCUACUGCCUUCUUGAUGGGAUGUCACAUCAGUCAUUUUGAAGAGGUCGCUGCAGAGACAGAGGACCUAAUCCUUGUGAAUGUUGAUGAUGGCAUCAUUCAGUCAUCCUUGUCUGAAACUCUUGACCUACCAGCUGUCCCUGUGGCUGCAGCUGAGAGCUUUACAUCAAGGGCAGAGUGUCUCCAACUUCACUAUGACUUGGAGCUGUGUCACCUCGGAGCAGGCACUGAUGCCAACGUCCUGCGAAGUCAGCGCAGAGACUGGCAGAAACGACUCAACAAACAGAUACAGAACAUCGCUCUAGAGCUAGUGGUCAACAUCUUCAGAGAUGUCCAGGACUUUCUAAACCAUGAACACAGAGUUUUUAACAGUGAGGAAUUUCUGAGGACCAGGGAACCAGCAGAUCAGCCCUUUUACAAGAAGGUGUUAGAAACUCAUAUCUUCCACUCAUUCCUGCGAGACAGGCUGAACAGGAAACGUGACACCUUCAGCCGCAUGGAGCAGACCACGCGUAACCAUGCACAUAGGAAUCGGGCAAUGACAGAGUCUCCUCGACGUCCUCCCAUGUCUGAACUGUCCAAGAGCAGCUACACCAACUACACAAGCCCUGAUAACAGACUGAGCAAGAGGCUUGGAGCUAGCCUGCCAAACCUAGAGCAACCUGCCAAUGAUGCCACAACUGCCAUCAGGUCCAACAGACCAGCCUCACUCAGGAAAAUGACUCCCGAUAUUGGGUUGAAGUCUCCUCAGCCAGUAGUCAAGAUUUUCCGUCUCCCAGAGUUCCCCCCUCCUUUGGCCUAUCAUUACGUCCAAAACUAUUAUUCUGACAUGGUAGCUUCCCUGGGGAAGGCUAUUAACGCUACACCAACCGAUGUAUCUGCUCUGCUGGCCAGAUAUCACUACCUGCGUGGUCUGGUAAACAUUGUGUCCAACAGGCGUCUGGAUGCACUGGAGGACUUCCAGAGUCUUUAUAAAACCGACUCUGACAUCUUUCCAUCUCAGAUGGUUAAGUCGCUGGUGGACUCACUGCUUGAAGCUGAGCGCAUACAGGCGGACAAACGUCCAGAACUCAAACGACUCAUCAGUCGGGUCAAGAGGGACCAGGAACGGGAACGCGCGCAAAAUGUCGACGGGCAUGAGGAAGAUGCUGUGAAACGCUUCAAGCUGCCGAAAAAAUACAUGCAGCUCGAGGAGUUUGUGAAAUGUGUCCAGGAGUCCGGCAUCGUGAAAGACCAAGGAACCAUUCAUAGACUUUUUGACGCUCUAACUGUCGGUCUUCAGAAGCAGGUUGGUCCAGAGUUGUUUAGAGUUUUUUACACCAUCUGGAAGGAGACUGAGACUGAAGCACAAGAGGUGUCUUUACCUGCGUCUGUGUUGGAGCACAUUGAGCCCAGCGAGUGCGUCUUUAAGCUGUCCUCCUCAGUCAAGACAAGCCGCGGUGUGGGGAAGAUCGCCAUGACUCAGCGCCGGCUUUUCCUCCUCACUGAUGGACGACCGGGAUACGUGGAGGUGGCAAAGUACAGAGAUUUAGAGGAGGUGAAGGUGUCCUCGGCUCCUUUCUUGCUUCUGCGAAUCCCCAGCCUGAAAUUACGUGUUCGGGGAAGGAAGGAGGCAUUCGAGGCCAAUCUGAAAACUGAGACUGAACUCUGGAACCUGAUGGUCAAAGAAAUGUGGGCCGGACGCAACAUGGCUGACCAGCACAAGGACCCGCAGUACAUGCAGCAGGCUCUGACCAAUGCUUUGUUAAUGGAUGCAGUAGUGGGCAGUCUUCAGACUAGUAAGGCCAUUUACGCUGCUUCGAAGCUGGCUCACUUUGACCGUAUCAAGAUGGAAGUGCCCAUGAUGGUCCCCAAGACAACUGCAGAGACACUGAAGCACAAAAUUAACCCUUCACUGGAACUGGCUGCACCUCAAGCCGUGGAUGUACUUCUAUACACACCAGGUCAGUUAUGGGUGUCUGUGAGUGGGGGGAAGGUGAUGGUGUUUGAUGCCUCCAGUUGGUCCCUCACACAUACCUGUCAUGUUGGGAACGCAAGACUGAACUGUAUGCUGGGAGUUGACAAAGACCAAGUCUGGAUGGGCUCUGAGGACUCAGUUAUCUACAUCAUCAGCAUGGUGGCCAUGGUCUGUAACAGACAGCUGACUGAGCACAGGGCAGAGGUCACCGGACUGGCACUUGACACAGACAAAUAUAGCCAGAAGGUGGCGUACUCCAGCAGUGCAGAGGGAAGCGUGAUGGUGUGGGAUAUCGCAACGCUACAGGUUAAGAAGCACUUCCGCCUUUCUUGUGAUCGUCUGCAGUCCGUCUACAGCUGCAACAUAUCGCUCUGGUGCUGCUCCAGGGACAGCAUAAUGGAGGUGUGGAGGAACGGUUCAUUGAAACAUCGACUGAACCUGCCAGAGCAACACAAAGGGUCCACGGCUUCAUUCAGCUCUAUACUGCUAUUACCUGAGAGGGAAGAGCUGUGGAGUGUGUGUCUGGACUCAGGAGAAGUGUGUAUUUGGCAUAUUAAGGACACCACGAAACCAUUCCAGCGUGUGGUGCUACAAGACUGCACCGGAUGUUACUGCAUGAUUAAAGUCAAAAAUCAGGUGUGGGUUGGAGGUGUAGCCCGCAGUUCUACCAAAGGGAAGAUUUACAUAGUGGACACAGAGCGCCACCAGGUCUUGAAAGAGCUUCAUGGUCACAACGACAAAGUGACGACGCUCUGCUCUGCUGAGGAUCGGUACAUCCUCAGCGGCGCUGCCAAACACGAUGGAAAGAUCGCCAUCUGGAAGGUGGAGUAGGGAUGUUAAGCAACUGGAAAAGGACACAUUUCAGACUUUGAAAUAAAGCCGUCACUUUAUUAAAACUACUCUGAGACUGCUUGUUUAAAAAUGGAGGGAAGAUCUGUGUUUGGCGGCUGGAGAAAAGGAACGGGGGGAUCAAAAUAACAAUCUCAAUCUCAAGAGAUAUCAAGGAAUCACAUGGCAGCCAUGUGAAGCAAGUUAAAAUGAUUGUUUACAUAAAGGGCCACCAACUGAGCAGCUCCUCUCGCCUGCUAUAAAGUGGUUGCUUGCGAUAAGAAAUACUAACAUGUUUUUUUGGAAUAUGAAGGAAAAAGGAAGACUGAAAUCAGAAAAGUGGUUGCAAGUUUAUAUUAUAUUUUUUAUUGUUGUCACACCCCAUUUUACCUUAGGUUUAAACAGACUCAUUUUAUGUGGGAAGCUUUUGUAACUGAGCCUUGCCUCUGACUGUUUUUAGGUGAAUUUGAGAUAUCCUGAAAAGAAAAACAUCAGCGAUCACAUAUUUCGCCCUCCCUGUAGGAAAGCCAAAACAAAACUUUAUUCUCAUGGAAAGUAUGCUUUAAAGGACCAUCUACAGCAGUGAGUGACGGAAGAGAUGACCUAAGAAGACACAAAGUUGGGAGCUGGACUCAAACUCGUGACAUACCGCUGACAUGUGAUUUUUACACUCAAGUGUCUCAAGAAAACGGAGAUUAGUUCUGCAAAAACUGGAAUCUGUCAGCGAAAAACCCUACAAUACUUCACUGUUAUUAUAUUUCUUAACCAAAUACUUACCUCAUUGCUAGAUAAAGUUUAAUUUUUGUUUUAAUUUAUUUCCUUAUAAAAGCAUAUUUAUCUGUUACUGUGCAAUUGUUCUUAACACCUACCAUCUUCAUACACAAACUGAUAAAUGUAUAAUGAUUUUAAGUCCAAAGACUGGGCCAUAUCUAUACUAUGAAGGCAUUUGUGUUACUGUACAUUUUAUUUUUACUUAGAUAUUCUUAUAGUAAUCUUAGAUGCAUCACUUUGUGUUGUAACACAGACUAAAGUUCACAUAUGUAGAACACCAAGUUUUCUCAUUCUCUCUUUUUCAGUCUUUCACGACCAUUCAGUCUCCGACAAGUUCAGGGACUCUUGAAAAUGAGAGUGCACGUAGUUCAUACAUUUGUUUUUAACAAAGCGUCAGAUUCAACAUAGCAUUAAUUAGUGUAUUUAUGAACUGUAAAUAGCAGAUGAACAUGAACAUUUAUAGCAGGCUACGAGUCAAAAGUUUGGCCAUUUUUUCAUUCAAGUGAAUGGAUAGUGUGUCCGAACCUUUGACUGGUGCUGUGUAUUUCUCUUGUAAACAAAACUGAUGCCAGUGCAACAAUGAUUUAUGUUUUAUGUUUCCAUGAGUAUUGUUGUUUAUUUUAUAUGAAACUGUAUUUUAUGUCAAAGAGCGUUAACAAGAUUUGUACCUUUUUAAACAAUGUACAAACUAAAUACAAUUUGUA